AUGCGUUUGCUGGCGUUCCUCCCUGUGCUCCUAAGCUGUGCUCUGGUGAACGCUGACGGUUUCGGAGGUGGUUACGGUGGCGGAGGUUACGGAGGUGGCGGAUACGGCGGGGGCUACGGCGGUGGAUACGGUGGGGGACACGGAUACCAUCACCAUACACCGAAAGUCAACAUCGUUGUGAAAAAGGUCCAUAAACCGGUCCCGGUACCGCACAUUGUCCCGGUACCCCACGUCGUCCACAUUCACAAACCUGUGCCUGUUUACAAGCAUGUGCCAGUUCCCAAGCCCUACCCCGUCCCUCACGUCGUGCAUCAAUACUACCCGGUACACAAAGUGGUUCCCGUCCCGAAGGAAGUACCGGUCCCCGUGACCGUGCAUGUGAAGAAACCCUAUCCGGUGCAUCACGUGGUCAAGGUCCCGAAACCUUACGUCGUCCACGUGCCCAAGCCCUACGUGGUUCAUAAACCCUACCACGUUCCGGUCGAAGUCAAAAUCCCAAAACCCUAUCCGGUCCACAUCCACAAGCCGUACCCUGUACCCGUGACGAAACAUAUUCCGGUCGAGGUUCCGCUUAUCAAAGAAAUCCCAGUGACGAUCAGGAAGCCCGUGCCUAUCCUUAUCAAGGGCCACCAUCACCACGGACAUGGUUGGCAUAAGGCGGCGGCAGCCGCGAAGAAGAAAGCGGCUUGA